GUGAGUGAGGUGGAGCCGCCCGGCGGGCAGCACCUGAGGACCGGGUACGUGUUCUACGGGUUCGGGUACGAUUCGGUGAACGAUGAUUAUAAGCUGGUGAGGAUGGCGACGUUCGUCGGGGAUGAGAAUGCGUGCGAUACUUACAAUUACGAUUACGAGGUGAAGGUUUAUAGCUUUAGGAGCAACUCGUGGAAGAAGAUUAUGGAUGUCCCGUUUUAUAUCCGGUUCUUGCAUAAGCCCCUGCAUCAGGUUUUGCAUAGGAGAGGGUAUGGUGUGCUUGUUGGUUCAGCUCUGCAUUGGGUGCUGCCUCAGAGGGCGAUGCUGGGUUUGAAGAAUUAUAUUGUCUCGUUCGAUUUCGUUGCUGAGAAGUUCGAUGAAGUGACUCAGCCGGAGUAUGAGAAUAAGGAUCUGAGCUACCAAGUUGAUGUGGGGGUUCUGGAAGGGAAUCUGUGUGUGAUGUGUAACUACGAGCAUGUAUGCGUCGACCUCUGGGUGAUGAAGGAGUACGGAGUGAAGGAGUCUUGGUCUCGGAUGUUCUCGGUGCAGAAGAUUAGGAAUACUACUACAUUUGGGUUUUUGAGGCCUUUGAUUAUUGCUAAGGAUGGUAAUGAACUGCUAUUGGAAGUGAACGACGAGAAGCUUGUAUGGUAUGAUUGGAAGACUGGGAAAGCUAGAAGUGUGAGGAUUCGUGAUGGGCCGAAAUCUUUUGGUGCUGUAAUGUAUGUGGAGAGUCUUAUUCCAGUUGAUGAUCCUGAUGAAGUCGAGCGGCAGCGACGGUUAAGGGAGGAUGCCGAGAGGGAGAAGUUGAGAUCCGAAAAUAACUAUGGCGAGCUAUCCGCGGAGAAACAUGGCAUCACAAAGUCCAUGUGACGCCAUGACAAGGGAAGCCGAGGCAUGUGGAGGAAAACCUACAUCUUCCCUCAGCCCUCAGCAAGUUAAGGAUGUGGUCUCUGGUUGGGAAGGUUUCAGCCUUGGGCAAAGCAUCAUUUGCCUGAAAUGUACUAGGAUUCCUGAGAGAUAUCUUUGUCAUGUUUCUUAGGAAGAAGAAAGAGCUUGUAGAAAGGAAAGGGAUCAUCUGUAGACUACCUUGCACCGAUCAAACAACCAAAACAAAAGCUAAAGAAUAAGAAAGCAGAAAGUGAAAGCGACCCAGAAAACAAAUAAAGGAAAGCAACAGAAAACAAAAGAGGUUGCUUACUGUACAUGCAUUGCAGGUUCAUACCCGACGGCGAUGAGAAAGGUGCAGCUGUAUUACCUUUUACUCCAUUUGUACCUGACUGAAGCUUGAUAAGAGGGGAAGUAGAGAAGAGUUGUAUGCAGGUUGCUGCUUGGUUACUGCAUGUGCUUCUUCUGCUUACUUUCUCUGAUGUAAGUGAUGGCUGUGUAUAUUAUGUAUUAUUGCUGAAGUCUCUAUUGUGUGUUGUAUCCUUUGCUGCAACUUACCUUGACAUCAGUGUACUGCUGUGAGUUUGACACAUAAAUAGUCUGUUUGUAUCUUCUUGCUUGGUUAUGCUGCUGUAAUCUGGAUCGGAUUGCCUUGUAUCAAGUUCUCACAGAUGUAUAAUUGUACUACUGAGUGGUUUACAUGGCCAGUCUUUAUAUCAGCCACUGCUGUAGAAAGUAGAUCAUUUGGUAGUGACAAUACCGGGGAGAGUAUCUCAAUAUUCAUACAGUAUUUUGCUUUGUAGUCGAACCCAAAACAUGUCAGCUUCGUAGGUCUGUUGUCUUACGAUGCAGAGUUGUGGCGAAUGGUCUCGUUUUGUCGUGUGAAUCUGCAUUCUUACACAUUGCCU